AUGGCUGACUACGAACGCGAAGAGCACAGAGUGUAUCGUUCCAAAAGAUCCAAGCCUUCCCAUAAUUUUUCAAGAUCACGCUCCCGUUCACCACGCAGAAACAGCCACCGGCAUGCCCGCCUACGAAGCCCCGAUGCCAGCAGUACGAUCCCGCCAUCGUUGCCGUUCGGCGCAAUACCACUAUCGAAGCGCGACAUAUCCCGUUAUCAGCCUAUGUUUGGGACCUAUCUGGAUAUUCAAAAGGGCCUCGAUAUUACAGAAUUAAGUGAGCGGGAGGUAAAAGGGAGAUGGAAGAGCUUCAUGAGAAAAUGCCAUGUACUGACGUACUUGAGGAACCGUGGAGAGCUCGCAGAAGGAUGGUAUGAUCCACAGACAUUUGAAAAAGCUCGAGAUAGCACAUUUGCUAGCGAGCGUCCCGAAGCUCGGAGCUCGCAGCAGCCAAGGUCCUAUGAUCUAUCUCCUUGGAGACGUCGCUCAGCGACGCCCAACACAGGACGGCCGAAAUCUCGCAUCGAUAUGGAAACCACCGACGUUCGAGAACGAGGCUUUGAGGUAACCGAGAGUUUGGAUAAUGAAGAUGAAGAAUCUUACGGCCCUCAGUUACCUAUCGACAAUUCGUCUCUCGUUCUAGACCGUCCCGAGCCGAUAGAAAGACCCGGCCCUAAGAUCCCUACGAUGCAGGAUUUACAACUUCAGCGAGAAACCGCGCUUUUGUCCGCGCAAGAAGCCCAAGAAGCCCAGAGGCUCUCUCAGAAACACUCCAUUUCAUCCCACAAAUCCGAACUACGUCAAUUCGAAGAGGAAAUCGCUCCUCGCGCCGAGCCAGGAACCCGCGAGCGCCGCCUUGAGAAGCGCCGCGAGGCCGCAGCUUCAAACCGCACCUUUGCGGAAUCUCGUCGAGGGGCAUCCCCUGGUGAAGCCCCCGAUGCGGAGAUGAUGGGCGAAGAGGGCGAUCUCGACUCUUUGAAACGCCAACGUGAGAAGGAGAUGCGGAAGAAGAACGAACGUGAGAUCCGGAAAGAAGAGGUGCUCCGCGCACGAGCGGCAGAGCGUGAAGAGCGAUUGAAGACUUAUCGGAAGAAAGAAGAGGAGACAAUGACCUAUCUUAGAGCUCUUGCUAAAGAGAAAUUUGGAUAA